CUGCGUCGGCUGAGAGUAUCUUGAAGUUCGGUGCUCCGUGAAGGUUCUCUGUUAUUUAGUUGUAAAUUAAGUACAUCGUAAUAAUUUUUGUUCUAAUCGUACUCUAUAGUCAUGCAGUUUGUUUCUAAAAUUCGAGUUCAGUAUCGUCAGUGUUUUAAAUAAAUUGCGUAACGUCAAAACAUGAAAAGUUAAAGUUUUAAUACAGGACUACAUGCAAUGUGAUCAAAAAAGUGAUAAAUUCGUCUGAAAAAGUGUGUUAAAAAUUUAUUUGAAAUACCGAUGCUUCACCAUCGAUAGACCACACCUGUAAUUAUGCACGGUCAGGAGUAUGCAGAAACAGCGAUGAACGAGCUGCUGGGUUGGUAUGGCUAUGGGAAGGUGGAGCGCAAAGACACCGAGGGAUUGGAUCUGCAACACUUUGGAAAGAGGUCACCGGGGGGCCUCAACCACUCAACUCCCGGCCGUUGCGGUUGGUGCGGCAAAGCAGUGGGGGCGGGAGCGUUCAGGAGCGGCGGCGGUGGAGGCGGCAGCCAGAGGGGCGGAGGAGGAGGCACUUGGUUCUGUUCGGAGGUGUGCUUCACACAGUGCCGCCGCGCCAGCUUCAAGCGCAACAAGACGUGCGACUGGUGUCGUCAUGUGCGCCACACAGUCAAUUAUGUCGACUUCACUGACGGUGAUCAUCAGCUGCAGUUUUGCAGUGACAAGUGCUUGAACCAGUACAAGAUGAACAUUUUCUGCAAAGAGACGCAAGCACACCUGCAGCUGCAUCCACAUCUCAAUGAUUCCAACGAGAAAGGAGAGAGUCCUCCACUCAUCACCCCUGAACUAUGGAUGCGAGAUUGCAGAUCAGAAUCACCCGACUCGGACAGAUCAAGGUCGGCCUCACCUCUGCCUCCAGUCCAGCCACCGCCAAAGGCGCCCAAAAACACAGCGCCGCCUCCAGUCACGUCACACUUCCGCCGCCGCACGCGCAGGCACCGCCAACGGCCUCUGGCACCACCCCCUCUUCCACCUCCACCUCUCUUACCUCUCCGACCCCCACCGCUGCCACCAAAAAAUCAUCUCAUAAACCCAACAUCAACCCAUCAACCUUUCAACCCAACCCAUCAACCCUUCAACCCAACCCAUCAACCUUUCAACCCAACCCACCAACCUUUCAACCCAACCCAACCUAUCAAACCCCCCCAUCAACCCAUACCACCACCUCCCAGCCUACUGCCCCCAGUCACCGUGCUAGUACCCUACCCAGUUCCGCUUCCCAUUCCGAUUCCAAUCCCAAUACCGAUUCCGAUUCCUCUGCCGUUUCCGCUGCCGAAAACCGCCAAAGCAGCACCUGAUAAAGAGGGCAAAAGUGAGAAAGAACGGGGGGAAACUAGUCUUGUCACCCCACCUCCUCCUGCUCCUCCUCCCCCGGCUGCCCCCAGCAAAAGUGCAACAGAAACAGUGACAGUGGUGCAACUAGAUCGACCUCUGCGCAAAAGGAAGCACCCACCACCACCUACUGAGGCACCCAGAACAAGAAGAAACGAAGCGGCCCUCUCGAACGGAGUGAACAAGUCCUCAAGAAAACAAGAUCCUUCACCAAAAGAAGCACUUUCCAGCUGAAGUCAACUUAAUCACUGAUCUCAGAACAUCAAUAUUUAUUUCGUACCUGAAUAGUGUCUAGUGAUGGUUUAAUCGUUACCUAAUUUUUAUAUAUUCGGUGUUUUCUAGUUCCAUAUUUAUGUGUAUCAACCAUAUAUAUUUCAUUUCAAAUUAGAUCAUAUUGUGAGAACACUUCAAUAAUUAUCUAAAACUUUUCAUCUUGCUUUUUGUGUACUGUAUAAUGUUUUUUGUGAAGACUGUGCAAUUUAUAAAAUAUAAUUAUUAUGUUGUACGUAAAAA